CCCUUGUUGUAAAUCUCGUCCUUUCCCGCUCCCUACACGAUCAUCCUCCAACGACGCCUCUCCUCCACCAUACAUGGACGAGGUCGAUCUUUCUUCUCCUCUACAACCUCUCAUAAACAACAACAAAAUCGCGGCUUUGAACUUCCCCAAUUUUGUGAAUCUAAUGAUUUUACUCAUUUCCUUUCUGGAAAGAUCCUCCUCCACAUCCUCUCCUAGCUUCAGAAAAUUUUACAAAAGGAACCGGGAUCAUUGGGUCUCAAAAUCGUACUUGAAUCUCCAAGGCAGUUUGGUUGAUUUUGGUUUGAAAUUUGGCUAGCAUGUCCGAAAUCUACAGAGACUUUUGAUAAUAAAUUGGUUUUGUAAAAAUAAAAAACAUCGGCAUAAGAUGGUUUUUCGGAGAAGAUGACCGACGCCAAAGUAAUUAAGGGAUAGGAGAUGAACGAACAAGGGGAAAGGAGAGUGGGUACACAGGAGGUGUAGGUGAUGUAAACUUUUGGCAUGAAGCAUUUACCAUGCCGGCGGACACCGAGCACCAUGCACUAGGAUGAAAGUGGCUCUAAAACCGGAUCGGUUUACCGGACCAAAAAAACCAGGAACCAAAAAUAGACGGAUUAUAAGAAUGGAGAACCAAACCGGCACACGGUAACUAGUUCUGGUCCUGUUUCGGCUAUCAAACCUGGUAUAGUGGGUAUAGAACCGAAAAUUGAUAAUUGGAACCGGAUUUGUGUAUUAGACCCGAAAAUAACAGGAAACCUGGAAAUGGAACCGGAAACCCGAAAUUUUGGAAUAAAAGAAAAUAUAUAUAUAUAUAUAUGUUGUGACCCUGAAUACUUGUUAAUAACAAGAAAAAAGACGACUGAUCGACAAGUUACAAAAUCUUCACUAACAGGGUUACUACAUCUCGUGCAAAAGAACGGUC